UUCCGUGGGGCUGCCCUCCGCCGCCGCCCCCGCCUCCUCCUCUCCCCGCCCCCUGGAGGAGCGGCCAAGACGGCGGCGCCCCGAGCUAGCUCCUUGCUGCUGCUGCUGCUAGCUGAGUCUCCUCGGCCGCCGCCAUGGCCCUGCUCCCGCCGCCGCCGCCGCUGCUGCUGCUGCUGUUGCUAGCCUCGGUGCAUCGAGGGGCCGCCCCGCGGGGCGCUGGAGAGGAGCUGCGGAGGCCCCCGCCUGCCCGGAUAGGUGUGAUUGGAGCUGGCAUUGGGGGCACAUCCGCAGCCUAUUUUCUGCGCCAGAAAUUUGGAAAAGAUGUCCUUAUCCACGUGUUUGAAAAAGGAGACGUGGGGGGACGUUUGGCUACUAUCAAUAUGGAAGGAAAGGACUAUGAAGCAGGAGGGUCUAUCAUCCACCCUCUUAACCUGCACAUGAAGCAUUUUGCCAAAGACUUGGGACUUUCUGCUCUUCAUGGCCAUGGUGGUCUCCUGGCCAUUUACAACGGGGACGAGUUUGUGUUUGAGGAGAGCAGCUGGUUUGUGUGGAAUUUCCUCAAGCUUCUCUGGUAUUAUGGACUGAACGCCCUGCGGAUGCAUAUGUGGGUAGAAGAAAUCUUGGACAAGUUUAUGAGGAUCUAUCGGUAUCAGGCAUAUGACUUUGCCUUCAGUACCAACGAGCGUCUGCUUCACGCCCUUGGUGGGGACAACUUAAUCCACCUGCUAAACAGAACUAUUGAUGAAGCCAUGCAGAAGGCUGGAUUCUCUCAGAAGUUCAUCAACGAGAUGGUUACUCCAGUCAUGAGAGUCAACUAUGGCCAAGGAGUCAACAUCAAUGGCUUUGUAGGUGCAGUAUCUUUAGCAGGUGCCGAUUCUGGACUUUGGGCAAUAGAAGGUGGCAAUAAACUGGUGUGCAAAGGCCUUCUUUAUGCUUCCAAAGCACAACUGAUUUCUGGGACUGUUAUCUCUCUAGAGGAGAAAACACAGCAAAGGGGACGCACAGGAGGCACCGUGAAACUGUAUGAAGUGACUUACAAUUCUACAUCAGGAUUAACAACAGAACUGUACGACAUCAUUCUGAUUGCUACUCCCUUGCAGCGCAAAAUAGCCAACGUAACUUUUCGUAACUUUAACCCACCCAUUCCCGAGUUCUCCAGGCCCUACCAGCAGAGUGUGGCAACAUUUGUCCACGGGCGAAUCAACACUUCUUUCUUUGGCUACCCAGAUGGGUCACAAUUCCAUUUUAGCAGCAUUUUCACCACGGAGAAUCCCAAGUUCUUUUUCAACAGUAUUGGUGCUGUCUCCCCAGUUGAAGACAAAAGGUCUGCACAGACCAUGGCUGUGGGCCUUCCCAUUUGGAAAGUGUUCUCCGCUCAGCCACUCACGAAGGAGCAAAUCAAUCUGCUUUUCUCCACCCACGAUUCUGUGGAAGUGAAGGCAUGGCUUGCCUACCCACACUACAGUCCCCCAGAAAAGUGCCCCCCUGUUGUUCUUCAUGAUAGAAUGUACUACGUCAACGGGAUAGAAUGUCUUGCCAGCGCCAUGGAGAUGAGUGCAAUCUCGGCCAAGAACACUGCCCUGCUGGCUUACCACCGCUGGUAUGAGAAGACGGACAAGAUAGAUCAGGAAGACCUACACGAGAGACUGAAAACGGAGCUCUGAGUGGGAAUCCACUGCUGGAAAAGGGAUCUGGAUGGAUUAAGGUGGGACUGGAUAUGGUAAGAAGGUUAUACUGAUGAUGUUGGUGCAGAAAAAAAGUUUAAUUGUUUAAAGAGAAUACAGUAUUGGCAGCGGAUGAACACUUCAAA